UUGUGAUCAAUUGUUCGAGAGGGCGCAGAUACUUUUCUCGGGCAGCCGUAUUUUGCGCUUUUGCACACAUUUUUCCGACCCCAGUAUUGACACCGGACAGAAAAUGCCAAUCUGCGGACCGAAACUUUCCCUGUGCGGUUUGAUUAUCUCCGUCUGGGGUAUAAUCCAGCUGCUGCUGAUGGGAGUGUUCUACUACAUCAACAGUGUCGCCCUGAUCGAGGACUUACCGCUGGAGGAGCACUAUCCAACACCGCAAGAAUUCUAUGCGGCCGCUGACGUCGCGUACAGUCAGAAUGCAUACAACUGCUGGAUUGCUGCCUGUAUCUAUGUCGUGACGCUGGUAGUUUCGGUCCAACAGUUCCAUGCAAACAGCCGCUCGACGGUUGCCUAAAUUCCACCCGGCAAAGACACU